AUGUUUUUCUCACUCUCUUCAAUACGAAAGCCUAAACAGGAAUUCAAUUUAUUACAUUUGGAAACUCAAGAAUACUACUUUCUAUCCCUCAAAGUCUCACUUCACAAUAACAAUGAAAUUCGUGGUAAAUUGCACAUCUGUUCCCGCUCCAUAGUAUUCCAGCCAAACCAACCAAAAUUGCCCAUGAUUAAGAUGAAAUACUCAAAUAAUCUCAUACUGAAGAUUCUGCGUAACAUAGAUACAAAAACCAUGAAUUAAGUCAUGUCAAUCAAAUGGACUCCCUCCUUGUUAAUGGAAGAUAUCGACUCAUUAGAUAUUAAUCAAUUGUAUCAGCAUUUCAAGAGAGACAAAAAUAACGAGUUAUUGGAUAGAGUCUACAAAGUUCAAUCCAGAACUGCCAAUUCACAAUACACUAUCAUGUUUCUUAGAGUAGAUAAACUGUUUGUUAUUAAUAGAAAUCCAAUCAGUCCCUACAUUACUGAAACUAGCGAUGACAAUAUUGUGUUUUCAAUUUCAUAAUCAAAUUCAAAAUAAAAUAUUAUCAGAUUUCUUAAGCUAUAUUAAGGACUUACUUAAGCAGAAGAUGAAAACUCAUUUAUCAGCACAAUUAUCAACACUACAUUAAAUGAAGCAAUGAAUGAACACAGAGCUUAAUCAUCUCAGUAAGGACUUAAGAUUGAAAUAGCAGUUAAAUGCAAAUUGAUCAAACCUGAAGGAAACAUAUAUGGAAUAUUUUCUAUACAGAGAGAUGAAGGCAUAAAAUACAUUCCAUUAAUCAAUUCACCAAAAGGAAAGAUGUUGAUGUGGCAAUUAACUGAUAUUAAAUUCUUCUUGAAGUAUCGUUACAUGUUCAAAUAAAUUGGUUUAGAAAUCUGGUUCUUCAAUAAAAAAAGAAGUGUUUUACUUGUUUUUGAAGACCCAUAACAAUUAGACUCAGUCUACAAAUAUUUAAUAAGAAAAACUACCAAAAAUUAAAUCAGUUCUAUCACCAUUGAAAAAUUAACUGAACUUUGGGUUAAUGGAGAUUUGAGCAACUUUGACUACCUAAUGUCAUUAAACACAUUUUCCAGCAGAAGCUUUUGUGAUCUAUCUGCAUAUCCUGUAUUUCCUUGGGUCAUUGCAGAAUAUUAAGAUAAAACCUUUGAUUUGACAUCUCCGCAAUUUUUCAGAGAUUUGUCCCGACCUGUUGGUGCUCUAAACAAACAUAGAUUAUAAAAAUAUAAAUAAUCCUAUUAAGAUUAAUUGAAAAGCCAAAAAAAUAAUAACAAUAAUGACAUCAUACCCUACAUCUAUCCCACUCAUUAUUCUAGUCCUGGAACUGUGGUUUAUUAUUUAAUAAGAAAAAUACCUGAAUUUGUUAUCAAACUAUAAAAUGGAGUAUUUGGACCGACUGACCGUAUCUUUAGAGGUAUUGACAGCACUUGGUACACAACAUUAAAUCUACAUGCUGAUUCUAAAGAAUUAACUCCGGAAUUCUAUUCACUCGAUCCAGAUUUCUUAAUCAAUUGUGAUAAACUAGAAUUGGGGAUGACUUAAGAAGGCGAAAUUAUAGAUGAUGCCAUUAUACCACCCUGGGCUACAUCAAUGGCUGAUUUCUUAUUGAAAAUGAGGAUGGCAUUGGAGAGCGAUUAUGUAAGUUUAUAGCUCCCUAAGUGGAUAGAUUUAAUAUUUGGUUGCAAAACUAGAGGAGACGAGGCUGUCAAGUAAGAUAAUUUAUUCUACCCUUACACUUAUGCUGAAAAUGUGAAUUGGAAUUAAUGCAGAACCUCUAUAGAAAAACAAGCUUUGGAAACUUAGGUUGCUGAAUUUGGAUAAGUGCCUGUAUAGUUAUUUAAUUCAGGUCAUCCAAACAGGAAACUGAAGAUUCAUGCUCCCUUGAAAUAAUAAAGACAAUAGUUAAAUUCAUCGAGCCAAAGAAAUCUAUAAUUAACUGACAUUUAAUAAGAAUCCGAGAAUAAAGAUUACGUUACAUGUUUGUAAAAUUAGAUGUCCUCAUUGCAAUGGGAAAACGAAAAGCUCAAAUUCAAUCUUGACACAAUUAAACAAGAGAUGUAAUUAUAAAAAAUUGAGACCUUCAAUUCAUAAUAUGAUCAGGAGGAAAUCGAUAAGAAGGGAUAGGAUUUGAUGAGUGACGAUAGUACAUUUUAAAAGAUAAAAAUUUGA